UUCUCCUCACCACGAACUCAGUGAGUCGCCGUAGUCUCUGGUAGCAACCAGUUUCGUUUUCCUUUUUGUCUAUCCCCCGUUCUUCUUUUCUUUCCAUCGUUGUUGUUGGUGGUGGUGGUAAGUAAGAACGAAAUUGAGAAGAACCAUUCAAUCCAUUGGCGUAGACCAUCACCAAUUCAUCAUCGUUUGUUCACUGAGGAGGCAACCCACAACAACACCGGCAGCAAAAGAUGGCUGCUUUGGCCUUCCCUCGCCACAUCCGCACCCCGCCAAAGCCUUCUUCCUUCAGCAACAAACCGAAAGCCAAGGCCAGAACGAGAAUCUCCGUCCGAUCUUCGCUCGCCCCUCCUCAACUGGGUUUCUCCGACCCUUUCGUUCUCGAGCUCGCGGAAGCUCUGGAAGACUCCCUUCCCUCUCCUUCUUCUCCAAAGCUCUCGCCUUUACAGAGAAUCAGGGACGCUUCCUCGGAAACCCUGUUGUCGACUCCGUGGCCUUCGCGCAAAGACGAGCCCUUUCGCUUUACGGACACCUCCUUCAUCAAGAACUCCACCAUCUACCCUGUUUCGCGCCCUCCUCCGCAGAGUUUGGAAGCUCCACCGGCCUCUUGCGAAGAAACCCAGUUGCCCCAACUUGCCAUCGUUGAUGGGUACAUUGUGGACUUCGGCUCCAAUUUGAGCGGUUUGCCCGAUGGGGUUUAUGUGGGCAGCUUGUCGAACGCGACCUCAGAGAGUCUGGUCGAACGAAUUGGUGAGUUUGUGAGUGGUUUCGAUUGGGGAGACUUGUUUUGGUCCAUAAAUGGUGUCGGGGCGCCUGAUUUGGCAGUCAUUUACGUGCCUGCCGGUUGCCGGGUUGAAAACCCAGUUCAUUUGAGGUAUUAUUCUGCUGAGGCUAGUGAUGAAGGGUCAAACAGAUUGCCGCUUUCGAAUCCGAGGGUGUUUGUGUUGGUGGAGAAAGGAGGGGAAGUUGAUAUAGUUGAGGAGUUCAUGGGUGGUGAUGGGAAUAGAUGUUAUUGGGCUAAUCCAGUUCUAGAGGUAGUGCUUGGAGAAGGUGGGAAAAUUAGACAUUCUUAUGUGCAAAAUCAAUCUCCAUGUGCUGCUCAUAUUAAGUGGACUUCAGUUCAGCAGGAAGCAGAAAGUACUUAUCAACUCGUGGAGGUUAGUAGUGGCGGGAAGUUGAGCAGGCAUAAUCUCCAUGUGCAGCAACUGGGGCCUGACACUGUGACAGAGCUAUCCACUUUACAUUUGGCCUUCAAUGAACAGACUCAAGAUUUACAUAGUAGACUAGUCUUGGAUUAUCCACGUGGUAGCUCCCGUCAGCUUCAUAAGUGCAUUGUGGCAAACUCACAAGGACAGGCAGUAUUUGAUGGAAAUGUUAAGGUUAACAGAUAUGCACAGCAAACAGAUGCGGGACAACUGACGAGAAGCUUGCUGCUCGAACCCCGUGCGACCGUAAAUGUCAAACCCAACCUCCAAAUCAUAGCCGACGAUGUCAAGUGCUCCCAUGGAGCUGCUAUAAGCGACUUAGAAGAAAGCCAGCUGUUCUACUUCCAAGCGCGCGGCAUUGACCCGAAGACAGCAAGAAAGGCUCUAGUUUUCUCUUUCGGAGCUGAGGUGGUAUCGCAGCUGCCCAAUUCUUUCGUCCAGAAGAAAGUCGAGAAUCAAAUCAGGGAGUUGCUGGUUCCACGGUGAAGAGAGUCAAGAGACUGCCACUGCGAGGAGUUUUCAGGAAUCUUGUGCCUUUUUUUUUAUCAUUUUCAAUUCUUUUGAUACUCCCUUGGGACUUCCUUUCCACCAUGGAUCCAAAUUGUAUUGCAAAUAUUUUUGCGGAUUGGGAGAAAUUGUAGAUUUUGUGUGCACGUGUCUCAACUCAUGUACUGAUUAAUAGAAGCAGUCAAUAAAGCUCCCUUGUCCCGUUCCGGCCUAAA